AUGAAUUGGACUGAACAUAUAAUUAAUUAUCUAAUUGUAUUUAUACUCUUUGGUUGGUAUAAUCAUCGAGUAAAUUCUUUAGAAAAUGGUCUCCUACGACAACCACCUAUGGGUUGGUUAACAUGGCAACGAUUUCGUUGUGAAACAAAUUGUCAACAAUAUCCUGAUACAUGUAUUAGUGAAAAAUUAAUUCGAACACAAGCUAAAUUAUUAGUUGAUGGUGGAUAUUUAGCUGCUGGUUAUGAAUAUAUUAUUAUUGAUGAUUGUUGGUUAAAUAAUACACGAGCAGCUGAUGGAUCAUUACAACCUGAUAAUGAACGUUUUCCAAGUGGAAUUCAUGCAUUAGCUGAAUAUGUACAUUCAUUAGGAUUAAAAUUUGGUAUUUAUGAAGAUUAUGGUACUGAAACAUGUGCUGGUUAUCCAGGUGUUUUAGGACAUUUAGAACAAGAUGCUCAAACAUUUGCUUCAUGGACAGUUGAUUAUUUAAAAUUAGAUGGAUGUAAUUCUGAUAUAAAAGAUUAUGAUACUGGUUAUCCAUCAAUGGAACGUGCAUUAAAUGCAACUGGUUAUCCAAUAGCAUAUUCAUGUUCAUGGCCAGCAUAUCAAGAAUAUUCAAAAAUGAAACCAAAUUAUUCUGCUAUUGCUCAAACAUGUAAUUUAUGGAGAAAUUGGGGUGAUAUUGAUGAUUCAUGGGAUAGUGUUUAUUCAAUUAUACAAUGGUUUGGUGAUAAUCAAGAUCGUUUAUCUUCAUUUCAUGGACCAGGACAUUGGAAUGAUCCUGAUAUGAUUGUAGUUGGUAAUUAUGGUUUAAGUCCAGGUCAAUCACGAGCACAAAUGGCACUUUGGUCAAUUAUGGCUGCACCACUUAUUCUUUCUGUUGAUUUACGAACAAUUAAUGAUUGGGCACGUGAUAUAAUAUUAAAUAAAAAUUUAAUUUCAAUUAAUCAAGAUCCACUUGGAGUUAUGGGACGACGUAUUCUUAAAUUAAAUGGUAAUGUUGAAGUUUGGAGUAAACCAUUGAUAGAUGAUCGUACUGCUUUUGUUGCACUUUUUCCUCAACCAUAUGGAACACCAAUUCAUAUAAGUGUAAAUCUUACUGAUCUUGGUUUAGGUCGUUUUGAUGAAUAUGAUUUUUUUGAAACAUUCCAUAGUGAAUUUCUUGGUAAAUAUCAUAAAAAUGAACAAUAUAAUUUUACAAUUAAUCCAUCUGGAGAUGUACAUGCAUUUUAUGUUGAAUCAGCAAAUACAAAAAUAUAUCGUUUCGAUUGA